AUGGGGCUGUCUUUGCCCAACUGUGCCCUGGUGUACCCUAGCAGAGGCAAACUGCCCCCGGAGAAGAACUGCUGUCAGAAUACUUUAAAGUCGGUGAGUGUUUUAACCACCUUGGAGCGGCGAUUCAACCUCCAGAGUGCCGACGUGGGCGUCAUUGCCAGCAGCUUCGAGAUUGGCAACCUGGCCCUCAUCCUCUUCGUGAGCUACUUCGGAGCCCGAGGACACCGGCCACGCUUGAUAGGCUGUGGAGGGAUAGUCAUGGCCUUGGGUGCCCUCCUUUCUGCCUUGCCUGAGUUUCUGACCCACCAGUACGAGUACGAAUCGGGGGAAAUACGCUGGGGAGCUGAAGGGAGGGAUGUGUGUGCUGUCAACGGGUCCAGCAGCGACGAGGGACCAGACCCAGACCUUAUCUGCAGGAAUAGGACUGCUACCAACAUGAUGUACUUGCUGCUCAUCGGGGCACAGGUCCUCCUGGGCAUUGGUGCUACCCCUGUCCAGCCCCUGGGAGUUUCCUACAUCGAUGACCACGUGAGGCGGAAAGAUUCCUCCCUGUACAUAGGGAUCCUGUUUACGAUGCUGGUAUUUGGACCAGCCUGUGGAUUUAUCUUGGGCUCCUUCUGUACCAAAAUCUAUGUGGAUGCUGUCUUCAUUGACACAAGUAAGCUGGACAUAACCCCGGACGACCCUCGCUGGAUCGGAGCCUGGUGGGGAGGCUUCCUGCUCUGCGGUGCCUUACUCUUCUUCUCGUCGCUGCCCAUGUUCGGCUUCCCGCAGGCGCUGCCGCCGCGGCCGGAGCGCGCCGGGGAGAGCGAGCAGGCCAUGCUGCCCGAGCGCCCCAAGCCCAGCAACGGCGUGCUGCGGCACCCCCUGGACGGGGACAGCACCGCCACCUGCUUCCAGCAGCUCAGAGUGAUCCCCAAAGUGACCAAGCACCUGCUGUCCAACCCCGUGUUCACCUGCAUCAUCCUGGCAGCCUGCAUGGAGAUCGCGGUGGUGGCCGGCUUCGCUGCCUUCCUGGGCAAGUACCUGGAGCAGCAGUUCAACCUCACCACCUCCUCUGCCAACCAGCUCCUGGGGAUGACAGCAAUCCCAUGUGCAUGUCUGGGCAUAUUCCUGGGUGGCCUCUUGGUGAAGAAGCUCAGCCUGUCUGCUCUGGGAGCCAUCAGGAUGGCCAUGCUGGUGAACCUGGUGUCCACAGCUUGCUACGUGUCCUUCCUGUUCCUGGGGUGUGACACAGGACCUGUGGCAGGGGUUACUGUUCCCUAUGGAAACAACUCAACUCCAACCUCAUCUCUGGACCCAUAUUCCCCCUGCAAUAACAACUGUGAAUGCCAAACUGAUUCCUUCACUCCAGUGUGUGGGGCAGACGGGGUCACAUAUUUAUCUGCCUGCUUUGCUGGCUGCAGCAGCACGAACCUCAGUGGCUGUUCGUGCCUCACCUCGGUCCCUGCCGAAAACGCCACCGUGGUUCCUGGCAAAUGCCCCAGCCCUGGGUGCGAAGAGGCCUUCCUGACAUUCCUGUGUGUGAUGUGUGUCUGCAGCAUGAUCGGGGCCAUGGCACAGACACCCUCAGUCAUCAUCCUCAUCAGAACCGUGAGCCCUGAACUCAAGUCCUACGCUCUGGGCGUGCUUUUCCUGCUGCUCCGGUUGCUAGGUUUUAUCCCACCUCCGCUGAUCUUCGGGGCCGGGAUUGACUCCACGUGUCUCUUCUGGAGCACCUUCUGUGGCGAGCAAGGAGCCUGUGCACUGUAUGACAACGUGGUCUACAGAUACCUGUAUGUCAGCAUUGCUAUUGCCCUCAAGUCCUUUGCAUUCAUCCUGUACACAACCACCUGGCAGUGCUUGAGGAAAAACUAUAAAAGAUACAUCAAGAACCACGAAGGUGGUCUCAGCACUAGUGAGUUUUUUGCCUCUACUCUCACCCUAGACAAUCUGGGGCGGGACUCAGUGCCCCAAAACCAACCACAUAGGACAAAAUUUAUCUAUAACCUUGAAGAUCAUGAGUGGUGUGAAAAUAUGGAGUCUGUUUUAUAGUGACUGUGGAGCGGUGAACUAUAUUAAUAAUACAAGGGUCCUUUUUAAUAAAAACAAGGAGAGAGCACGAAUGGAAGAAGAAGCGACUGCGAAACAGCAACGGCAACACAGGAAACUUUUGUCUUUUUCUCGAAGUCAGACCCAGCCAGGAUUCUUGAGAACAGCGUCUUUCAAUGGGAUCACUUGUGACAUCCUGCGGGGUGGUGGAGAAGGGGGGAGCCCUUGUGGCUGGGUACCAGCCCCUUUGGUGACAGUUCGAGCUUCCAAGGAGGGAAUCUGCAGAGCUUCACCCACCGGAGAGUUCGGCACAGGCUCGGGCACAGGCGUGGAGAAAGCAGGGGGAUAGCAGCAGGGUGAUAACAGCCAGGUGAUAACAGCAAUAGGUUUGUCCCCGUUGGGAUGGGGCGUGUGGGGCCCUGCAGGGUUGGCCAGGCUGGGUGCUGCUCCAGCCUGCUGCCAUGGCAAAGAGGGAGCGGUGCUGGAGUCCCUCCGCCAGUCGCGCUCUGUCACCAGCCACGAGUCCACAAUAAAUACCUUGAAAGCUGCUGGAAACCUUCCCGGUGGCAAGCAGUGCUGUCAGGGGUAUCCAAGUCCUUCCAGCCCAGGCUUAUUCACAGAUUGCAGCUCCGUGGCUGUCUGCGAAUAACUGUGCUCAGAUCUCAAACCCAGUAGAGUUCAAGACAUUUGCUCACACUUGCCAAACGUGCUGUCAUUUUUAAAGGGGGAUGAGUUCCAAAUACUUAUCUGUGUAGUCCUCUAAUAAGAUGUUUUUUUGAAAUUAUUUUCAAAUCUAUGUUAACCCUUAAAUCGCUGACACUUUUCCAUGAGGAGGAUUUAUUUAUGCUAGUUUGGGUAAAGGAUCCUGUUUAAUUCACCCAAACGUUGUGUGACUCAAGGGGUUUGUUUAAUCCUCUGCAUUUUUUAUCCAUACGCCUUCAUUCUAAUAUGCUACCAAGCCAAUGAAGACACAUAAUAUGUUUUUAAAAAAGAGAAUGAAUGCACUGUGUCUCUAUAAA